AUGUCCCACAUCCAGGGUCUCAUAGGCUUCUUGUCGAGCGACUUCCAUGACGCCGAAUUCGUACUUGGCCUGCUCAAUCUCAUCGGCGAAUACAUCGCUCUCGAGCAGACCGAAAACUCUGAUGGCAGCAGCAGUGCGCUCUUGGAUUCGAUGAAGAAGGCCCCGUUUUCUCUCGUCCGCGCUACGAAGCAGAUCCAGACGAGCGUUGAGAUCCUCGACCUGCCGCUCGAGGUCCGGCUCGGACGAUUGGGAUACCUGGGCUUCUUGCGAGGACUGAUUGUCAUUGUCCUAUUCAUCUUCCUUAUCUUCGUCAGCGUCGAUGAGAUCGGUGUGGGGGUUGGGGAGGUUGAGAGUUUGCCGGCGGAUGGCGAGUUCGAGCCCUGGGGCGCGGAUGUUCCAUGGCAGUGUGUUCGCCAUCUCAGGAUGACUGCGUGA